GCUUAUUUGAAAGGGGACACCGAAACCUUAAAAAAAUGGUGUUCAGAGGCGACAUAUACCGUCCUGACACAUGGGAUAGACGAUCAAAAAGGUCUCUUGAAUGAUUCAAAGAUACUUGACAUCAGAAAUGUUGAGCUCUUUGCGGCAAGGGUAUUGGAAAAUGAUUUACCGGUCUUAAUCAUAUCUUUUAAUACACAAGAAGUAAUAGUAUUUCGCGAUAAGAUCACAAAAAAGAUAAUGUAUGGGCAUUGUACCAUGAUGUCUGUAGUAAAACCUGAUACAUCGCUUCCUAAUUCUACCUCGCUAAAUACGACUAAUGCCGAAAAUUCUACCCCGCAAGUGACUCUAAAUACUACCACAGCUCUAGAAAAGUAUAAAAAGAAGGAUUCAAGCAGAGUCGUCGUACGAUUCAGGGCCAUAGGAAAUGCCCCUAUUUUAAAACAAAAUUUCUAUAAAAUAGGCGCGUCUAGUAAAUUUCAAGCAGUGAUCCAAUUCCUAAGAAAGGAACUCAAUUACAAAGCAUCGGACCCUUUGUUUUUAUACAUAAACAGCGCAUUUUCCCCAGCUCCUGACGAGAUUGUUUCCAAUUUGCAUAAGUGUUUUAGUACAGAACAACAUUUAAUAAUAAAUUAUUGCACCAGUGCCGCUUGGGGUUGA